UCACACACACUCGAACAGAGGCAGCAGGAACACACAGCGCGUCUCAGAGGUUUUAAAGGAAGGGUAGACCCGGAUCCUUCACUCAUAUGUUUAUUUGGACUCGCAUGAACACAAGUGCGCACCGCCCCAGGAUCUAAAGAUGUGGACUGAAGUCGGAAAGCUUGUGCUAUUACAUUUGUUACUCAUGGAGCUCCAUUGCGCUAAAGGAACUCACGUCGAAUCAGAGUGUGAAACUGGACAGUUCCAGUGCAAGAACGGCCGUUGCAUCCCGACCGUGUGGAGAUGUGAUGAUGAUGACGACUGCUCCGACAGCAGCGACGAGGAAAACUGUCCAAAGAAGACGUGUGCGGCCACAGAUUUCGUCUGCAAGAACGGACAGUGUGUUAGCGCUAGGUGGCGCUGUGACGGAGAACCAGAGUGUGCAGACGGUUCAGAUGAGGCUGAUUCAAUUUGCAGCCGACAGACCUGUCCCCCAGAGAAGUUUGAUUGCGGAGGGUCUGGCAGCAAAUGUGUUUCGUUGUCAUGGCGAUGCGACGGGGAAAGGGACUGUGAGAACGGGGCGGAUGAGGAGCAAUGCGCUGCAGAUGCCAAAGCCUGCCCUUCUAAGGAUUUCCAAUGCCGUAAUGGAAAGUGUGUUGCACCGAUCUUUGUGUGUGACGGUGAUGAUGACUGCGGGGAUGCCAGCGAUGAAGAGAAGUGUUCUGCUCCCACCUGUGGCCAGCACGAGUUCCGCUGCAAUGACUCGGAGUGUAUCCCGGCCCUGUGGAGCUGUGACGGCGAUCCAGACUGCAAGGACAAGUCAGAUGAGUCCAUGGAGCGCUGCAGCCGGCGGACAGAGCCCCAGAAGCCCCGCUGCCCGGUGGGCGAAUUCCAGUGUGGGAGUGGGGAGUGUGUGCACAUGAACUGGAAGUGUGAUGGAGAUGCAGACUGCAAGGAUAAAUCAGACGAAGCAAACUGCCCUCUGCUUACUUGCCGGCCUGAUGAGUUCCAGUGUGGUGAUGGUUCCUGCAUCCAUGGCACCAAACAGUGUAAUAAAGUGCACGAUUGUCCAGACUACAGCGAUGAGGCAGGCUGUGUCAAUGUUACAAAGUGCGACGGGCCAAAAAAGUUUCGCUGCAAGAACGGAGAGUGCAUUGACAGCAGUAAAGUGUGCGACAAUGUGAAAGACUGCAAGGACUGGUCAGAUGAGCCCAUGAAAGAGUGCGGCCUCAAUGAAUGUGCAGACAAUAAUGGCGGCUGCUCCCACAUCUGCAGAGACCGAAGAAUUGGUUAUGAGUGUGACUGUCCCUCUGGCUAUAAACUCCUGGACAAAAAGACUUGUGGAGACAUAGACGAGUGUGAGAACCCAGAUGCCUGCAGUCAGAUCUGCAUCAACUACAAAGGAGAUUAUAAGUGUGAAUGCUAUGAAGGCUACGAGAUGGACCCUGCCUCCAAGGCUUGCAAGGCCGUUGGAAAGAGUCCAUAUCUGAUGUUCACCAACCGCCAUGAGAUCCGUCGCAUUGACCUGCUGAAGAGUGAAUAUUCACAGGUGGUUCCCACUCUGAAGAACGCUGUGGCUCUGGAUGUAGAUGUCUCUACCAACAAGAUGUUCUGGUGUGACCUAUAUCACCGUAAAAUAUACAGUGCUUACAUCAACAAGGCCACUGACUCCUCACAGCAAGUGACGCUCAUUGACUCCCUCCACUCCCCCGAGGGCCUCGCAGUCGACUGGGUCCACAAGAACAUCUACUGGACUGAUUCGGGCAACAAGACCAUCUCUGUCGCCACGGGAGACGGCAGGAAGAGAAAAGUUUUGAUAGCCACUGAGCUGACUGAGCCACGGGCCAUCGCAGUGGAUCCACACCACGGGUUCAUGUACUGGUCAGACUGGGGAGGUCAAGCCAAGAUUGAGAAGGCUGGGAUGAAUGGAGUAGACCGACAGGUUUUGGUGUCAGACCACAUCGAAUGGCCCAAUGGAAUCACCUUAGACUUGUCCAACAGGCGUCUUUACUGGGUGGACUCGAAGCUGCACCUGCUGUCCAGUGUGGAUCUGAAUGGAGACAACCGCAAAGUCCUGCUCUCCUCUCAUAAUCACCUAGGACACCCGUUCUCCCUCACCGUCUUCGAGGAUCGCAUAUAUUGGACAGACCUGGAGGACGAAGCAAUAUACAGUGUCAACCGUUUGACAGGGCAUGAUGUUGCAAAGGUGGCAGAACAUCUCAACAACCCCCUGGACCUGGUGGUUUUCCAUGAACAAAGGCAGCCUAAGGCCCCCGACACCUGUAACAUGGGCAGUCUGCCGAACGGUGGUUGCGAGUACCUCUGUCUGAAAGCCCCUCAGAUUACAGACCACUCCCCCAAAUACACCUGUGCGUGUCCUGACGGCAUGGAGCUGGGACCAGACAUGAGGCGCUGCGCUAUAGUCCGACCCAGAACAACUACAACCGCUGCUCCAACCACUACCACAACCACACCAAGUACCACAACAACAACAACCACAACAACAACUACAACAACUGCUACAACCACUACAACUCCGGCAACCACCACCACAAGCAGCACCACCUCCACCACCACCACCGCAGCUACAACACUUAGAUCGACAACGAAGCGCCUCACGACACCAGCCCAUCCUCAGACCCCCAGGAGCACCUCCACCGAACAUCCUCAGACCCCGGCUGCCACAAGCACCGAGACGACCAGUUUCCGCGGCGCCAGUCAGACAUCAACAUCUUCACACACACCGCUGCUGGGUCCAGUGGCUCCGAACAGUAUUCAGAGAGAGAGCAAUGCCAACCUUUCCCACAGAGCUGCGAGUGAUCACUACCUCAUAGGUAACAACAUCACAGUAGCUGUUCUGGGAAUAGUCAUUCCUAUCGUCCCUAUCCUUGCCACAGUGGUCAUUGGAUUACUCUGCACCGGUGGAUAUCUGGUUUGGCGCAACUGGAGACGCAAGAACACCAAGAGCAUGAACUUCGACAACCCCGUAUACCGCAAAACUACUGAGGACGACGAUGACGAAAUCCACAUCGGCCGACACAGCGAGUCCAUCGGUCACGUCUACCCAGCAGUGAGUGGCAGCCACAGUCAGCCAUUCAUAGCACUGCCUUUAGGGGGCGGCAUAACAGACAACAACUCUCACUGGUACUCAGGAGCACCGAUGCUCUCUAGCGGCAAAUGAGAAAAGCUGGAGAAGACAGGAAGAGAUUGGAUUGGAUAUGGAAUAUGGGUUUGGAAAAGCCCAUUUGUUGUACAUGUAGGCCUGGUGGAAAGAAUGAACAGGCUUGUAUACGCACAUAUGCUCACACAUCAUCACCGAAAACACCAAUCAUAUACACAUAUAAGCCCUUCACCAGUGUGUCAUGUUCACAUUUCAUUCACCUUCACUGACCAAUAAUCAUUCAGCGCACACAUUUAUCAGCACCACAGUCUUGUCCUCAAUCUGCCAUCCCAUUUUUGUGCAGUGUGCUUUCUGUUCCUAAGGUGUUUGUUUCAUUAGUGGUGAGAUUUUUAUUAUGAGGUCCCAUUUCCCACAAACAAAAAAAAAAGCUCCUUACACAGACACUUAAACAAACAUUCAGAUUUUUUACAGCAGCAGCGGCGUGAGCCACAACUUUUUAUGACAUAAGGUAACAGUCAGAAAAAUAAACAGGAAUGCAUUAAUACUUGUCGUGAAAGCUAUACAAAGAAGUGAAUAGAAAAAGGAUGCAAAUAGUGCAGAAGUGUCAUGAGUGUUGGUUAGCUUUACAUCCAACUUAGACAGCAGACUGAAAGGACCAUUACAAAUUGGAUUUUUAGGGUGGGUGGGUAGUACCAUUAUGACAUUGCGAUUCUACGUUUUGUGAAUUUAAUUUUUGUUACAGCAUAAACAAGAUAUGAAAGAUUAAAAAAGGGAGCACAAAACAGGAUCAAGGACGGCACAAAAUAUAAUUUAUUUCCUAUCAUCCUUAAGGGCAGAAAUGAUGGGCAUCUGCAUUUCAUGAGUUGCACACUGUUGAUUUCCAGUUGAUGCAAAUGCACUUUUGAGAAUCAUUUCUUUGGCUCUGAGCUGUAUUUCUGAUAAACUGAAAAGACAAUGCCAGCGGUGAUUUACACUCAAACGUACUUAAACGAUAGAGCAACACAGGAUGGAGCGGGUAUCAUCAGGACGCUUAUGACAUUUAUUUAUUGUAUUUGUUGCUUUAGGUAUAGAGGAACAAGCAGGGAAGGGCAGCCAAAAAGGAUUAUAGGAGGGGGAAGGGAGUCUAGCGCUUUGAUCGGUUGGCAUGGUAACACAGAUUUCUUUGUGUUGCUCCGGAGAGAAAGGAGGCAAAGAAUUCUGGGUAUCAUUGGCAUGAUGACAGGCUGGAGACACACACUUACACACACACAAAACAGGUGCACGACUGAGUCAUAUUAAGAUUCAAGGUCGAAGUAACCCUGCAGAGGAGGGCUGCAGAGGAACCACUGCGUACUCUCUUGUCUUCACUAUUUUUUAAUUUCUUUCAUUGUUUUUUUUUUUUUAAAGUUAUUGUCUCCUUAUGCCUCCUUUGUUUUCCUUUUUCUCCUCUUGUCCUUUUUACUUCUUCUGUCCUCGCUAUUUUUCCCUCUCCUCUCCUUUUGUAGUGACAGUAUGGCAUCUCAGACAGCCCAACAAAAAAUCAGGUUGGCAUUAUGUGGGCCAGACAUUUGCAGCCGAAGGCAAGCAUACUGCAUUCCUUGCAUAGCCUGAGACGGAGAGACAGAAGGAGGGUGGGAAACAGAGAGAGGGGAAAGAGGAAGGUCAUGGAAAGGGCUGCAAGAGGUAGGAAGGAGUAAAGGGAAUAAACUCUGCAUAUCCUGAAACAAAAAAAAAAAAGGAGAUGGCAGGCUGUCAUCUAGACUGAAAUCUAUCUCCUCCCCUGAUUUUGUUUCUCCGUUCUGUCGCUCGUGCUCCUUUUUAUUUUCCUGUCUCAGGUCUUUCUCUCUCCUUCACCAGCCUGUUAUGGUAACAGUCUUUUUAUCUGCCGUUUGCAGCGCGUGGCACUCAGUCUGGAGGAUGAUGGCUAUCCCUGAGGGAGGGGGAACCAUGUGCCCACCCCCCCACACACCUCCUCCUCCUUCUCCUCCUCCUCUCUGAUCCUUUCCCGGUCCAUCCUCCCACCUCCACAGCCUCCACUCCACCACAAUGAGGCCAGUACAACGCAGAGGAGAAAGAGGAGUCUUCAUUUUGCCUCCCCUUUUAAGGAGCAGGGAUGACAUGUACAUCUUGUAAAUCCCGCCCCACUUUCCUUUUUCCUCACUGGUGUAACAUUACUACCACUACUAGCCAACACUACUACCUUUAGUGCUAGUUAUUAGUACUCCUCUGCUCCACUCCUCUCUUCUCUGUCUGCCUCUUUGUAGCCAUAGUUGUAAAGUGCUGCUUGAUGAUUUUGUUCAAACUAACCUGAUUUGGCUGUCUCAGUGCACAUUGUACAUAGAUUUUCCGGCCUCCCCCCACAAGGGGAACAAGCCGGCAUGCAUUAUUUUUAAUUCCUCAUAUUUUGAUUCACUAUUUAUUUGUAUAAUUUCUGUUGUAAAUAUGUUAUCGGCAUCUGUCAGUGCACAGCAUUGCAGGAAGAUUUGUUCACGUUUGCAAGGAUACACAGCAGUGAGUGAGGACUUUUCUUCAUAACCUCCUUUUAAGUCUUUAGUCGACAAGGCAGACUUUUUUUUUUUUCCUUCAAAAGACAAAACAGGGACGAUGUUAACACCCAGCCCCUCAGAUUUGCCCUCUGACAUACUCUAUGUACACAGGAAAAGCUAAAUAUAGCCAAGGGGAAAGGAGAGGAAAAAAUGAUGAGGUUGCCUGCAUGUUUGGAGGUGAUAUUGGGGUGAAAAAGUGAGAGAGGGAGCUUUUUUUGAAGGGACUUGGAAGAUUUGUGCCACCAGAGGGUAGCGCCUCAAGGCAGAAAGCAGCAGGGCAGAAAAGGCAAAGGAUUAUGGGUAAUCCUCUAUCCUAGUAUAAGAGGUAUGCACACAGUCGAUAAUGAACCAGGGAUCUUUGUUUAUUUGCAGUAUGUGUUAGGAUUAGGACGUGUUCCUGAUUUUUGUUUGUGUUUGUGUCUGCCGUUACCAACAUUUUCCAGACAUUUAUGGUUUUACAAACUCCCGCACUAUGUGAGUUUGUUGACAUACAGAAAUGGUUGUGAAAUGAUGCCGUUGGAAACCUGGAAAGUCACAUAACUGUCGCUAAUCAGAGAUAUUACUGUUUAAAGUUCUCUAAUAGCAGUUUAUCGGUUCUGCAGUAUCAGGUAGUGCGUUUUAGCGGUUGCGCAGUACCGGGUUUGGUGUUUCAGGGUCUGAUGGCUGUGUUGUCUCGCUCUCCAUUUUUAACAAUGUAGCUGUGAAUUUUCUGGAUGAUGUGCUGUA